AUGUCUCUUGCUGCAGUGGACGACAUGUACACAGAAUGUCGGGAUGAAAUGCUGAAGACCGUUAUAGAAAAAAACGGACUUUUGGAGAAGGAAAUAAAAGAAAACAAAGAAUUUCGAGAACAGUGGAGUAGUAUAAAGAGGGAAUGUAACACAGCGAUCCCCGGUGUAAAACCGGAGCACAUCUUAGCAUUGAGGACCUUUGGAGAAGCCAGAGACAAUUUCCGUGACAUAUUCAAUGAGUUUGUGGAGACUAAAGGAGUAAACGAAAGCAUCUACACCAACAAGUUUCCAUUCAAAUCCCUCCAUUUCUUGCUCAUGGAUGCGCUGCGUCUCUAUAACACUUCAAAUUGUUCUACUGUGUUCUACGGGGCGGAGAAAAAGUACAGCGCAGACAAGGGGGACAUGGUACGACUGGGCAGAUUUCUCUCAGUUAACAGGGAACGAACUGAUGCAGUUAACAAGUGCGACGAGGGUGGUUCCCUCUUCAUCAUAACAUCCUGCUCUUCCAUCGACCUGGAGAAGCAUGCGUGUAUGACUGAAGAAGCUGAGCUGUUUCUGUCUCCAACCGAGGUGUUCAGAGUUGAAGAGGUCAAAAGCACCCCUGGUGACAACGAAGCAUGUGAUAACGAGAUUAUUUUAACACACGAAGGAUUUCAAAGCAACCACGACUGUUACCUUUUUUCCACUUCCAGUCCCAGUGGAUCUUCCGCCCAGCUGCUGAAAACCAGUUUGUUUGCUGUGCUGGCUUCAUUGCUUACCCUCUACCAUAUUUAAACAGAGGCAUGUGGCAGACGGAGUCUCUCACUUACACACACACACACACACACACACACACACACACACACACACACAUUCCCUCUGUCUUUUGGUCCCUGCCUGUUUUUGAACCUGUUUUGUGCAUAUCAUAAAGCAUCAACUGCAUCCUUUAUGUCAUUAAUUAUUUGUCCUAAAUACUGAAAUUCACACAACAUUCUGUGGUAUUUUUUUCCCCUUUAAUAUAAGAAGAGGUACUGACUGGGCUUGUGAUGUUCACUGAAAAUAAUUCUCAAAGCGGUUGAAAAUAUUUCCUGUGUUUGAGACUUAAUAUCAGUCAUUCUCACACAGUGGACAUGUUCCUCUUCCCUUUCACCUUUAACACACCUUUCCUGUAAAAGGCAAUCAACAACCAGCCGGUGCAAAUGGCUUUUGCCUUGACGUUUGUCUUUCCCCAUGUCCUCGAUUUCACGAAAAAACAAAACAAAACAUUUGAUUGCUAGUAUUAUUGAAAUGUCUGAUGCCUGCUGCAGAUGUGUGAUGUGAAGAAAAUGAGUUUGUUCUGAUUUUGUGAUACGUAUGUAUCUUUUUUUGGCAAAUAAAUAUUAUCUUAAUAGUUACACUUGCACACUUUUUGUAACUGGGUGCAUAUGCACAGCUGUAUGGGGUUGAGUGGGUGGUCAAAUGUGUCUUAGCAGCUGGUCUUGACAGAAGGAUGUAUGCUCUCCUGUUCAGAUAACUGUGUGCUCAAUCUUUUUUCUCCCAUUUGAGUAACCCAGCGACGACGGACAGGCGACCUUUCCAGGGCCUUUUCCCGCC